AUGUGCCACGAGAGGAAGGACUUACCAGGGCUCGCUCACUUUCUGGAGCACAUGCUCUUCACGGGAACGUCGAAGUAUCCCAAAGAGGGUGAGUACCAUGAGUUCAUGAACCAGAACGGCGGGAUGGCCAAUGCAUACACAGCUUGUUACUUUACUUGCUACAUGUUCGAGGUGAAGCCGGAGUGCUUGGAGGAGGCUUUGGACCGCUUCAGUCGCUUUUUCAUCGAGCCACUCCUGACCCGAGACUGUACGGAGCGAGAGAUCAAUGCCGUCGACUCCGAGUUCCAGGCAGGCCAGACCUCGCCCUGGUGGCGCUACGUGGGGAUCAUGAACAUGAGCGCGAACCCUGACCACCCCUUUCAUGUGGCUGUGGGGAACAACAAGGUGCUUCUGCACGAGCCAAAGGAGCGUGGAAUCGACCUCUACGAAGAGAUGAAGAAGCUGUAUGAGUCAACCUACUCCGCCAAUGGUAUGACGGUUUGUGUGUUUGGCAGGGAGGCACCAGACGAGCUUCGAAAGAUCGUGGCCGAAAAGUUUGGAACUGUAGUGAACAAGGGUCUGACUAUGCCCAUCGGAGACACUGUGAGUGACAAGCCACCAUUUCUGCCGAAUGAGUGGCACCAGCAGCUGCUCCAGAAUCCAGUGCAGGAUGUCAAGGAUUUGUCGUUCAUUUGGGUCACGCCCUUCCAGGACCCAUUUUGGAAGUCCAAGCCAUCGCUCUAUAUUUCUCACCUGCUAGGCCAUGAGGGUGCGGGCUCAGUCAUCGCGAAACUGAAGCAGCAGGGGCUGAUCUCUGGAUGUAGCGUCGGGAAUGGCGAUUGGCUAGAAGGAGCAUUUAGCUUGCUUCAAGUGAACUUCGAUCUUACAGACAGAGGCUUGGACUGCAUCCAGGAGAUUGGGCAACACCUCUUCGCCUACCUCGGCUUGUUGCAGAAGAUGCCUCCAGAAAAGUGGAUUUUCGAUGAGAUGCAGAAGCUCGGCGACAUUCGCUUUAAGUUUGGGGAGGAUGCCUCGCCCUUUGCGCUGUGCCCGCAGAUUGCGUCGACCAUGCAGAAGGUGCCACCAUCGGAAGCGCUGUGUGGCGACAUGGUGCUCUAUGAGUAUGACCCGGAUGCCAUUAAGUCCCUGCUCUCCAAGCUCACUUUGGAAAGCGUCCGAGUCCAAGUGCAAGCCAAGAAAUUGGCCGAUCGCUGUACGCAAGUGGAUACUUCCUAUGGCUCUCCCAUGCAGCUGCUCCCCAUCGAAGAUCUGUGGCUCGAAUCCUGGCGAGCUGCCAUGAAUGCCAGCGGCACGAUAGAGGCAUCGACAAAGAUCACCAGUGAGUUGGGUUUGAGCCUGCCGAAGCCAAAUCCCUUCAUUCCGGAGGAUCUCUCACUGAAGGCUCCGCCGCAGGAGCCGAAGGCCAAACCCAGCCUCCUGAAAGGCACCGAGUCCAUGACUUGCGUCUUUCACAAGCAGGAUGGCACCUUUAAGCAGCCCAAGGCACGAGUGAGCUUCUCCAUCUACUCCCCAUUCUUCACGCAAGAUCCGGUGAAUUAUACAAAGGCCGAGCUCUGGUGUCGAUGUGUUGAGGAGGCCCUGCAGGAGUAUGCUUAUGAUGCAGAGGUUGCGGGAGUGGAGUACUCACUUGGCUUGGGCCCUGCAUGUCUCCGGCUGGUAUUGGCCGGCUACAACGACAAGCUGCAUGUGCUCCUCGAUGCCGUUACAGAGAAGAUGGUCUCCUUGGUGGAGAUUCCAGAGCAGAUUUUCUCCAUUGUGGCCAACAGAAUGGGCGACGACCUCAGAAACCAAGCGUUCCAUUCGCCUCCUUAUGGGCAGUGCAGCAUGCGAUUGAACGAGCUUCUUAUGCGUGGGACAUCCUUUCCAGCUUACCAGCGUUUGGAGGCCUUCGAGAAAAUCACAUGCGGCGACUUGAAGGGGCUGGCAGAGCAGUUCUUCGUAGCUGGUGCUCAUGUGGAGUCCCUGAUGCUGGGCAAUCUCACGGCCGAAGACGCACGACUCUUGGCCUCGAAGCUGAUGACGGGACUCAAUCUUCGCAAGGCCCUCACCGUGCUCCCGACGCGAGCCGAGGCAUCACUCCCUGAGGGAUCCACCCUCUGGGAGCUCGACAGCACAGACGCCGAAGACCCCAACCAUGCCGUGUUCAUGAAGCUGCAGCUGCCGAGUGGCUUAGAGAACGAGAUGUUGACCUACCUCCUAGACAAAGCCAUCUCGUCUAAGUUUUUUGAUUUGCUUCGCACGCAGCAGCAGCUGGGAUACAUUGUGAACAUGUUUGCCUCUGUGAAGGUCUUGCAACCCUGCUUGGUUGCGGUUGUUCAGACAGAGUUCAACCUGCACUAUGUCAGAGGCUGCUUAGAGAAGUUCCUUGAUGAACAUUUUGCUUUUCUGGAAGAGGCGAUGACAGAUGAGGAGUUUGAGACGUGCAAAGAGGGAUUGCUUUCAGAACUACGUGUGAAGCCCAAAAACAUCUCUGAAGAGGCACAGCACUUCAGCCGCAUUUUCAUGGACCGCAGCUUCGAUUUCGAGCGGCGGGAGAAAUGUAUCCGUUUCGUAGAAGCGUCGACAUUGGCUAUGCUACGGAGUUAUGUUCGUAACCAUGUCAGAAAUGCCCCUCGCAUCUACAUGCAGGUCAAGAAGGUUUUGGAGAAGGAGGACAAGCCCCUACCUAGCGGAGCCACGGUGCCUGGGGCGGACAGCUGCAGACGAUGGAACACCCACGCCGAAACAGUUUCAGCUUUUGCUUCCUCGGCCAAGUGGAACUCGCUCAACAGUUCAGUCGACGUGGCGGCACGACUGCGAGAUGUGCCAAAAGUUUUGAGUUGUUUGACUGAUCCGUAUGGCUCCGAGCCUGACCAUAACAAAAAACUUCCUUGUGCGUGA